CGCGCAUACAUAUAAUACAAAACUGAAGAGAAAGGGAGAGCGCGACAACAUAAAGAGAAAAUAGAGAGGGGAGAGAGAGAGAGAGAGUAAAACGUGAAGCAUGGAGGUGGCACCCGAUCCCCACCCCGUCGAAUUCUGGACCCUCCCAUCUGACAGAAGAGGGCAAACCAUCUCGACAAAAAUCAGCCCCUUUUCCCAGGAAGGAAAAGAACAACGACGACAACUGCCACCUCCACUUACUACCACCAUCAUUGGCAGUUUCUCUCUCUCUCUCUCUCUCUCUUUCCUACCGAUCAGGAAAUUUAGGUUCUUUGGAUUCUCUUAUACUAUGGUGGCAACGUGCGAGAGAAGCAACAUACCACGAACCCUACCAAGUGUCCGAUUGCCGCGCCGCCCCCUUUACGAGGGGGAAAAAAAAAAAAAAAAAAACUUCACAAGAGGGAGCCAACGAAAGAAAGAGAGGGAAUGACUACUACUGGACAUCAGAAAGAGAAACUAGAGAGUGAGAGAGAGAAACACAAGUGCCACCGCGUUACACGCCGCGCCACGGUCGACAACGAGCCACGCCAGUUUGUACUUGGCGCCCUUCACGAGAGUCUCCAACCGGAGGUUGCUCUCCCGAGAAAUAUCCGACGGCAGCCAAAAACAAAUCGCGUGUUUUGAAAAAAAAAAAAAACUGUGACUAUUUCUAAAUAUCAACGAAAAUUUCUAAUCUGCGCACACGCUUUUCUUUCCUCUCUUUCUCACUCAUCUUCUCCCUCUCUCUUUCCUACCUAACCCCCUCCCUCUCUUCGUCAUUCACUCUCUCUCUCUCUUCUCGCCGGAGGCCGGACUGAAUUCCGUCGAAAAGAAACGGAGGACGAUAGUCGCGACCGAUCAUAGCUGGCGCGUCGAUCGGAUCAGCCCAGGGACUCACAAAGGGGACUCCACCCGACAAUUUACAGUCUCAAAAAUCCCUAAGAGUGUCAAACAUUUUUUUUAGUGAAUCCUGUGUUCUCCAAAUUUGGAGAAAAAAAAAAAACAGUGAUUUUUGUGUUGGAAAAAUAAUGUGUGCCGGAAAGUACUAAUUGGAUAGAUAUAUAUAUAUAUAUGGGCCACCUGUUUUGUGAAUGUAUUGCAUUAGUGAAUCUCAGUGGAACUGCGCAGACAAAUAUAUAAGUGACCCUUGUUUUUGUUUUCCAUUUUGUUUUCAUUUUUUUCUUUGUGAUUAGUGUUUGUGAUUAAAAGAGAUAUUGAUCAAGUGGAACAAUGAUUGCGUAGCGGUUUUAGAACAUCACGGCCCUGAGAGGCCGACACAUCAUGUCACAGUUCUCCUUCAGAGGAUCACCAAAUUUACAGUGUCCUGUGACAGUGAGUACGUCAUCGUUAGCGUCAUCGCCAUCGCCGGCAUCGGCGCCAAUAUUAAGCGUUAGUAGUGCAUCUUCGUUAGGAAGUGGAAUUGGUGUUAAUCAUCCUUUAAAUAAUCCUAGUUUACAAACCUCAAGAAUGGCUGUGACGAGUGCAGUAGUACGACCACCCGGAAGUCCAACGACAUCGGUGAGUCCAUCUCAACCCCACCCGCCGCCGACGGCUGGUGGUGGUGGUGGUCCAGCAGGUGGAAGAUGCUGUGACACUGGUAGACCAAUUUAUACCGAUCCAUUGACGGGAAAUACUGUUUGCUCAUGUCAAUAUGAACUUCUUGGUGGUUACCAAAGACUUGGUGCUCUUCCUACCACGGCACUUUCAAUGUAUACUGCGCCUUAUGCCGCGGCCGCAGCUGCUGCAGCAUCCGAAGGAAUGGCUGCCUAUUUCCCCGGAUUAGCUGAACAGGGUCACUUCUACUCUCCCACUGCUACUGGAUUGGAUCUCAAAGAAAAUCUAGGCGCUGGUGCAGCGGCGUGGCCUUAUCCAUCGGUUUAUCCGCAUCCGUAUGAAGCAGCAUUUGCGAGUUAUCCCUUCAGUGGUUAUGGGGUUGAUUUGAAUGGAGCAAGGAGGAAGAAUGCAACCCGCGAAACUACCAGUACCCUUAAGGCUUGGUUAAACGAGCAUAAAAAGAAUCCAUAUCCAACGAAGGGGGAAAAAAUAAUGUUGGCAAUUAUUACAAAAAUGACAUUGACACAAGUGUCGACGUGGUUUGCUAAUGCCCGACGGCGAUUAAAGAAGGAGAACAAAAUGACGUGGGAGCCAAGAAACAGGGUGGAAGAUGAGGACAAUAAUAACGAAGACGAUGAUAGUGGAAGGAAGAGUGUCGAUGACAAGGAUCGAUUAGAUUCCAAAGACUCAGGGACUGGAUCAAGUGAAGAUGGCGAUCGACCAGCUCAUCGUUUGGAUCUUCUUCAUGGAUCGAGUGGAGCUGGUGGAUUUCCGGUGAAAGCUGAAAGUGAAUGGAGUGAAUCGCGAGCGGACAGUGGUCCAGAUAGUCCGGAAUGUCUUUUUGAUCAAAGGGAACCAAGGCAUCCAAUGCAACUUCAACAUCCGGCGUAUUUACCAUCGUCGCGACUCCUUCGUCAUCCAUCGCCCGAGGCAACAUCACCAGGAAGUCAUCAUCUACCGCCAAGUACGAGUGCCACUUCAACCGGAAGUGCAACCACCAAACCAAGAAUAUGGUCCCUCGCCGAUAUGGCAAGCAAGGAUGGUGAUCAGCCUAGUCCAAAUUCAGCGAGUCUUGUGUCUCCCUUUACAUCAUCGACGGGUGGUGGUGGUGGUGGAGGGGGAAAACUCGUCAGCCCCCUAGCAAGUAGAUUACCACCUCAUCAUCCACUUCAUCCGGCAAUGCAUCCCGGUUCACAAUUUGUUAGACCUCAUCCUGAUUUUUAUAGAAAUUUUUACGGUUCUCUACAUCAGGGUUCAGGUGAUAUGUCCCUUCUUGAAACGUAUUCAAGAACAUUAGGUGGAUUGGGUGCUGCACCGGGAAUUUUAACACCCACCUCCUCAUCAUCGUCUGAUGUUAAACCCUUUUCAACUGAUGUCAAAUCAUUUUCCACCGAUGCCAAAUCAUUUUCCCCCGAUGUUAAAACAUUUAAUCAAGAUACUAAAUUUACCACUGAUGUUAAGCCUUUUUCAACAAAUGGUAGCGGAUUAAAUAGAUCACUAACAACAUCAUCGGGUGUUUCACCAUCUUCAUCAUCGUCAUCUGGCUCAACAGCUGGAUCUGAACCACAUCAUCCGCCAACGGAAUUAAAAUCACCCGGACGACUGUGAUUUUCCCUCGGGUGAUUGAAAGACAAUUUUUUUCAUGACAAUAAGAGACUAUAAAAUUUUUUGUAAAUUAGUGUACAGAAUAUAAUGCAAAAAAAUGAAACCUUUCUUUCUCCUGGAGAAACGGAUGAGUUACCCUGCUGCUUCCAUGAAAAAUAUUUAAAAGAAAAAAAAAAAAAAGAGUAGUAGAAUCCAGAAGUAGUAGUGAAAUUAACGAAAUACUUUUUAGAUAGUAUCGUAUAAAUAUUAUACAUACCAUACAUACAAAAACAAAUAUAAAAAAAAAAAUUAUUAAUAUUAUUUAUGCGUCUGUAAAUAGUAGGCCUGGUACAUCCAGCCAGUGUAUGUAUUGUAUGUAGAGUAGUGUGAUAAUUAUUAAAAUUGUAUUAAAUUGAUAAUUAUAAAAUAAUUAUUAUUACGCAGUAUAAUAAUUAUUAUUAUUGUAUCUGAAAUCAUUAUAUUCAUACUAGCAAUCGAUGACAAUUAUUAUUGCGACAAUGAUGAUUAUUGUUAUUGCAAUGUUUAUAAUAUAAAUAUCGAUUCAUGCCUCGACAUGUCAAGUUUUUGGGGUCAUUAAAUCCUUUCUUUUUUUUUUUGUUGAUGACAAUUUGUGAAUCGAAUCUCUUAAAUGAUUAAGAAAAAAAAUUUGUUCUUUUAUUAUAAUGCAAUAAAAAUUUUUGUUUUUCAUUUAUAUAUGAGAAUCGAUUAACAAAAAUGUCAAAAAUUAAUUGUACUUCCAAUUUGCGUCGCUUUCUUCUCAAUAAUAAUUAUAUUGAACGAAUGUGUUUUGAGAGUCUAUUUGGAAAAGAAAGAAAAGAGAGCUUCUUUUUUUUAGACAAUGAAGUGGUGACGCAAGGAAUGUCCACAUAUCAUGUCAUGUCGUGAGUGAACGAUCGCCAGUCAUUCGUAUCCAAAUUUCAUCGCCAACCUGCCGAUACCACAUUGGCAACGGCGGGUGGGCCUCUGUCCUUCGCAAUAAACGAAAUCAUUACGAAAUCAUUAAAAAAAAAUA